GCCCGGUGUCCCCGCCCGCCGCUCCGUACGGCGCCGGGGCUGCGGGGCUCGGGGCGGACAGAGCGCCGGUAGCCGCCCGCCCUUACCGCUACCGGCGCCCGCYGCCCGCGGAGGAUGCUCCGGUCCGGACCGCGGCUCCCGCCUGCUGCCGCUGCCCCGGGGGCCGCGUCCCGGGCGGCGGCUCUCGGUCCCCGCGGGGCGGGAUGAUCCCCCGGCGAGGGCCCGGCGCUCCACCGACGGCCAGGGAGGAGGCGGCGGUCCCGGGGCCGCGCUCCGUUGUCGGCCGGCGGCUCUAGGCCGGCCCCGGUGCUCAGGGAGCGGUGAGGCCGGUUCUGUCCUCCGCCGAGCUUCUGGCGGCCCCGGCCCCGCGUGGCCGUGGGCGCUGCCCGAGCCCCCCCCGCCCCGCCCGGGGCAGUGAAGAGCCGCCGUCAGCAUCCUCCGGGAGGCGAAAGGUGGAGCCCGGCCCGUUCCCGCAGAGCGGCCGCUCCCGCUGCCCGCGGUCCUGGCGCGGUGCCGCCGGCUGCCCCGGGGCUCCGGGGCCGGCCCCGAGCCACCGCCCGCCGCGGCCAUGCCCUCCCCCACCGACUCCAGCCGCUCGCUGACCGGCCGCAGCUCCCGCAGCCUCACCCACCUCCGCCUUCAGCGCACCUGGCUGCAGGUCCUGCUGGUCCUGGGUCUCGUCCAAGCCAUCCUGGGCGUCCUCAUCGUCACCUUCAGCCUGGUGGCGGCCACCAUCACGCCCUCCACCAAAAUCCGGCACUCMUGCCCGUCCUGGGCCGGCUUCUCGCUGGCGCUGUCCGGGCUCGUCGGCAUCAUCUCCUGGAAGCGGCCGCUCACCCUGGUGAUCGCCUUCUUCACGCUGCUGUCGGUGCUGGGCGUCAUGCUGAGCCUCGCCGGCUCCAUCCUGUCCUGCCAGAACGCGCAGCUGGUCAAGAGCCUGGAGGCCUGCGAGAGGGAGAGGGACUCGUGUGUCUGCUGCCAGGCCCGCUCGGAGCCCCCGCCCGCCUCCUGCAGCCAGCAGAGCGAGAUGCUGACCAUGUUCCCCAACCCCAACUGCCGGAGCAUCCGCGUGGCACUCAAGGAUCUCCUCUUCAGCGUCUGCGGCUUGACCAUCUUCUCCACCGUCAUCUGCACGCUCUCCGCCGUCGUGUGCUGCAUCCAGAUCUUCUCGCUCGACAUUGUCCAUGUGCUGGUCCCCCAGCGCUCGAGCUCUGUGACGUUGGAGUGCACGUCCCCACCCGACACCUUUCUGCAGAGCAUGAUGGACUUCGACGAGUUCGUGCCCCCGGUGCCACCGCCCCCUUAUUACCCACCUGAGUACACCUGCAGCUCCGAGACGGAUGCGCAGAGCAUCACCUACAACGGCUCCAUGGACAGCCCCGUGCCCCUCUAUCCAACCGAUUUCCCCCCGUCGUACGAGACCGUGAUGGGGCUGCGGGGAGACAGCCAGGCCACCCUGUACGACUCGCAGCUGACCGAUGGCUCCCACGCCUGCACCUGCGACCGCGUCCCCUCCAUCGUGCUCAGCGGAGAAGUGUCCAUGGACAGCGGCUCGCUGAUCAUGUCCGAGAUCAUGGACAUCCCCGGGGACAGCAGCCCCUCGGAGGACUCGUGCCUGCUGGAGCUGCAGGGCUCCAUGCGCUCCGUGGAUUACGUCCUGUUCCGCUCCAUCCAGCGCAGCCGCGCCGAUUAYUGCCUGAGCGUGGACUGCGUGCAGUGCAGCCACCACGCUCGCAGCCCCACGCUGGGCUUGCAGGGCCCCUUCGAGGAGACACCCCAACCCCGCGUGCGGGGAGAGCGAUCCUACUCGUGCUCCACGGCGGAGCCCGGCCACGACGGCAUCCUGGCCGGGGGAGCCGUCACCCACAGCUGCAACCGGCUGGCGGGGCUGGCGCGCUGCGCCGGGCCCUGCUUCCCCGAGGUGCGGCUCAAGGACAAGGGCUCCUCGCUGCAGGGACGCGGGGGUGGCCGCCCCGCCGAGCCCGGUCGCCCCGGCCAGCCCCGGCGCAACAGCGAGACCUCCUGCCCGUCGUCGCCGGCCCCGGGGCUGGCCCCGCGCCCGCUGCUGAGGUCACACAGUGACCCCGGUGUCCCGAUGGCCAGCCACGCUGCAGAUUUCAGGGAAGUACUUUAUACCAAAGCAUUGGAGGACACCGUGUCCGACUCCUCCGCUGAUACAGGUGAGGGCACUGGGAUGCACUGGGAUAGAAAGGGGGCUUGGGAAGGGGUCCCCUGGAGCGCCUGGCCKGGUGCGGAGCGGCCCCAUGAAGGAAUCCACCUGCAGAGCUGCGGGGACCUGAGCUCCACCUCGUCCCUGCGCCGGCUCCUGUCRGCGCGCCGGCUGGAGCGCAGCCGGCCCCGGAGCCUCAGCGGGGCCUGCAAGGAGAGCGCGCUCUGA